ACGGCGCUGCUUGGUCACGUCCAUUGCGAGGGGGGCCCUUUAAACGUCGUGUUUUGUGUCGCGGUGAUUGUCGUUGUUGUCAUUGUCGUUAUCGUAUCUCGAUUUGAAGCUUUCGUGACUGCAGGGAUUCAUCUUCUUGGUUUUUUCGGUAAAGUCACGUAGAAGGGAAGUAAUAAAAUAAUAAAAUAAAACAUAAUAAAAUAAAAUAAUUCUCACGACGUUUCGGCCACAACGCAAGCGGCCGUCUCGUUUUCAUUGGGAGCAUGGAUUUGUUGCUGGACGCCGCGAACUUCAGCACGCUGCUGGUCAGCAUGGUGCUCAAGCUGCCGCAGAUGGUGGUGCUCGUCAAUAGCAGAAGCUCACGAGGGCUCAGUCUGCCCAGCCUGCUGCUGGAACUCGGCGGGUUCGUGAUAUUCCUCGCGUACCAGAUGUACUACGGCUACCCGGUGCCCACCUACUUCGAGUACCCGAUCCUUGUGGUCCAAGAUUUGCUGUUGCUGCUGCUCAUACUGUAUUACAAUGGAAACCUGGGACUCAGCAUCAUUUUCUACGCCACCUUAUGUCUGGUCGCUAUCAAGGUCAUAACGCUAAAGGACUGGAUCAUAGAUAUCUGCAUGGCUUGCUGCACCAUGAUAGGUGUCAGCAGUAAACUGGCUCAGCUCGGAAGCCUCUGGAAGAGCCAAGACUCGGGGCAGCUCAGCGCCGCUACCUGGGCAAUGGCCGUGUACACAAGUGCAGCCAGAAUUUUCACAACAUUCAUGACGACUCAAGAUUUUGCUGUGCUGCUGAGAUUCACGCUCAUGCUGCUGCUCAACUUCUGGGUUCUGUGCACCAUCAUUCGCCUCCACAACAAGCGCAAGCUCGAGUAGACAACCCUCGGGAGCACAGCAUCUCACGCUCCGCCGCCUCUCACACUCGCACCACCUCUCACACUCCACCGCCUCUCACACUCCACCGCCUCUCACACUCGCACCACCGCCUCUCACACUCCACCGCCUCACACUCCACCGCCUCUCACUCGCACCGCCUCUCACACUCGCACCACCGCCUCUCACGCUCCACCGCCUCUCACACUCCCAAAAACCGCCAACCAAAUCUGAAAGUGGCGUAUACUGUGGAGGAUGAUCCACUCGUCCGUACCCCACUGAUUUACAUUGACAGCCUUGCUGUCUUGUCAACAGGUGAUUGAAUAUAUUGUAUUGUGAAAGCGAUCGCUUUUUAUAUUAGAGGGGAGGGUUGAAAGGUUUUAUAAGUGUAUUAGUGGGGUAUCUAUAUUAGUGGGGUAUCUAUAAACGGAUCACCCUGUGCUCACCUCUGACCAAAUCGCCCAGGAAUGCGCCCAAAUUAAUCGGAUCUCACGAGCUUUGCAGAGUUGAGCCUGUGUGGCGCGCGGAAGGAUCAUCGUGCGCGGCAGCGUGUUGUGUAGGCUGUGGGCCGACGUGUUGGGCAGCAGAGGCCAGUGCAGGAAAUCCCAUUGUUGUACUGUACUUAUUUUCUCCCACGUCCAUGCCUUCCCUCUGUUCACCAAUCUGCACUGACCAUUCUUGUUGAGGUAUGACCAAAUAACCCUCAUUUACCCAUUGCUGGGGAGACCCUUACCCAGCAGUGGAUUGACGAAAAGGACUGCAAAUGUCUACAUGUAUAACUGAGCAAUAGCCCACUGAGGUUAGAUCGAAGCAUAAAUAAUACAUUCCUGCGGAGGGAGCUCGUAGGAACGUUGGGUUGCUCGGUCAAUGACCAGGAUCAACGGCGGCGUGGUGUAUUCCGCAAAUAUGCCCGACUGUGAGGACGGGCACAAGCCAGCGUGAGUAGGUUAAACGUUGAGUUUUAUAAGGGCACCACGGGGUGACCAGCCCCUCCCCACCCCUCCCACCCAGCCCCACCCUCCCCACCCAGCACCUCCCCACCCAGCCCCU